AUGGACUAUGUGAAAGAGUGGACAUCCUUCUGCAUGGAUGAGCAAAUCCCAACAGUCCAAAAUAGACCUGACUGGCCGAGAAACUCUGUUCCACUGUCUGCAUUUCCUCCAAACGGCAAGACCGGACAAGGCGGUCUCAGAUAUGCCUGGGCGAAGGAGUACGAUAACAAGAAUGCAGAGGCACUCUAUAAAGUGAAGGUGGAACCAGCCAAUGUCAAGGACGUCAUCGUGGUUGGGGCGGGUAUUUCCGGAUUGGCCAUUGCUUACGAGUUGGUGCAAAUUGGACACAAUGUGACCAUCCUUGAGCUGCAGGAUCGCGUUGGAGGCAGAAUCAAGACAUUCUACCAUGGUUUCGCGGAUGGACAGCAUUCCGAUGUGGACUACUUUGAACAAACUAUUACACCCGUUAUGAGGGAACUUGGACACGACCAAACGGAAGAGGACUGGACAAGAUGGGUAGAGAAAUGGAGCAAAUUAUCCACUGAGGACUUCCUCCGAAGCGAGACCUACUCACGCCCCGAUAAGCUGAAACUUCAGCCAUGGCCAGAGAUAGCAAUUGAUGGUUACAAGCUGAAUGUAAGUGGAACGAAUAUCAUUACCGGAAGUGCUGCAAACUACCAAUGUGAUGCAGUCUUCGUCACAGCCCUGCUGAAUUUUCUUCGUCAGAUUGAUAUUCCGUUUCUUUGCAAGGAAAAGCAACAAGCAAUAGCAGGUGUUACGUAUGGCACAGCAACGAAGAUCAUGAUGCAAUGCAAGACAAUAUUCUGGCAAAAGGAUGUCGGUAAAGGAGGUUUCAGCAAGACAUCUGAUAUCAUCGGUCAACUCCAUUAUCCUGAUGACGACGACUCCGACAUUCCCGAUUAUGCACGUGGUAUAUUGAUGGUGUACUCAAGGGCUCAGGACGCCCUUGCUCUGGGCUCACAAAGUCACGAAGAAGCUAUUGCAACUGUCGUGUGCGAAAUCAGCAAAAUCCACCCAGAGAUGAAAGAUUGGUUUGAAGUUGGAAAGGUCCAGGCCUGGUAUAGUGAUCCCGCAGCACAAGGUGGUUAUGCGGCUCUGAAACCGUCCGAAUACCUGCAGCAUCUGCAACCCCUCUGGACGUCUGAACAUCCGCUGUAUCUAGCUGGGGAGGCAAUAUCAUGGAGCAAUGCUUGGAUUCAGGGCGCACUAUUUUCCGGUUUGUCGCAGGCGUUUGCGUUCCAGUGUCGCAUGGAAGGCGUCGAGGAGUGCCAGCCAUGGAAAGCUAAAAUGUCUGAUCUCUAG